ACUCUCAUCCCAUACAUGCAGGAAGUGUGAGGUUAGUUGUUGAGGCAGCACAAACGCAUGUCCAAGUUAAGGCUACAAUUAAUCAUCUUACAACACACCCUCAAGUGAAAAUCCAAAAAAAUGGCGACUUCAAUGACCUUACUAGUUCUUCUUAUGACACUCCUUCCAUCAGAAAUACUGCCAUCCAACCUACCUCCAAAGAACCAUGACCUUCUAGUUGCCAUUGAAGAGAUGAAGAAGGCCAACUACUUCACAUUUGUCAUGCUCAUCAACAUGUCUCCACUUGACCGUAGAAUUUUUGGGAAUGUCACCUUUUUAAUGCCUAAGGACCGAGCAUUAUCGGACACGUUGGUCUCCCAGAACUCUGUUUCUGACUUCUUGUUUCGCCAUUCUAUCCCAUCACCUUUGCUUUUUGAGCAAUUCGAUCAUAUCCCAACAGGUUCAAUCAUCCCAAGUUUUGAGCCUCAGUACAUGCUUAAGGUCACCAAUUGUGGGAGAAGAAAUUUCUUCCUCAAUAAUGUGAAGAUCAUUAGCCCAAAUUUAUGCACUUCUGGAAAUUCUAUUAGAUGCCAUGGCAUUGAUGGAGUGUUGUUUGAUGAUGAUUCUUCUUUACCUUGUUGUCCAAACAACACAAUUUCUAUACCCUUAGGGCCUUUAUCUGCAGCCUCUCCAUCACCAACGCCUCAAGUUCUUGCAGCAUCUCCAACUACAAUUGUUGUUCCUUCUGAUCAAAGUCCAGUGGCUGUCCCAAAAUCGGCUAUCAGAAGUCCCCAAAAAUCUGAGUCUGCAAAAUGGGUACCUUAUGGAAAAUUAACAACUUGUCUUCUUCUCCUAGUAAUAACCUAAUUGGAUCCACCUCUCAAGUCUCUUAUGAAUUAUUGAAAUUUGUAUGUCAUUAUAUUUUUAUGUUAUUUCUAUCUAUAUAUAAAACUACCAUUAGCAC